AUGGGUUGCUGCACUGCAUGCUUCGGUUGUGCUGUGUUGACGCAGCUAAUUGCUGUCGGGUGUUUACUUGCAAUCAUCCCGGCGGCAUAUCUUUCGUACGACUACUAUCUCAAACCGUGGGCCGAGGAUCACUAUGACGAAGCUGUCGCUGCAGGGCAAGCCAUUGCUUCUCGUGCUGCUAGUGCAGCCGACGAUAUUGACACUUCCGAGCUCUCGUGUGGUGAUUGCUUGGGCGUUAACUUGGAAUACCCGAUCUCGGGACUAAACACAGACUACUCAUCCUUUCAAAUAUCCGUCAUGAAUGACGCUGGCGAGUUUCUUGCUGCUGUAACGUCAUCGGGUGUUGCCAUCGGAGGGAUUGCAGCUUUCGCUUCGGCGGUUGUUGGGGCGUUGGCGUCUGCGAGUGCAAUGCCGUCUACGAACGGUGGUCUCUUUGAGCUCCUGCAGAUGAUUGCUCAGGGUCAAUUCAUCACGUUGCUUGGAUCGUUGAACCUCGAAGGUGUACCGGUGUUUUUUAUCGAGUUCUGCACAAAGUUUGCUUGGACGAACCUGCACAUUUUUCCUACAACCAAAACUACUGAUACCACGAGGGUGAGGCAUCGUCGGUUGUCGAGUGGUGGAACGGAUUCGAGUUUGGAUGGCGUAACUCGUUAUGCCACGACGCUUGGUGUUGACCCCGAAAAUCUUUUUUACUACACGCUGCUGGUACUGUUGGUUGUCUGCGGGUUGGUAGUACUUCUCUACUUUAUCGCUCGAACAGCGCUUCACAUUUUCAAGAAAGAGGACAGGCCGCUGGCACAAAUGCUCAAGAACCGGGUUGUCUGGGUGAGCAUCCAGCUAUUGCUGCUGCUUCAGUACUCCUUGGCAAUGACAUCGUGCUUUCAAAUAUCAUACUCCGUUCGUAGCAAUGGAUCCACAGGCGGUUUGAUCUUGGCAGCGAUCAUCCUCACCACGUCGUGCUUAGGUUUCGCGGUAUUUGGUAUUUUCAUACUCUCACGCUACAAACACGAGCUGAAUGAUCACGGAACGGAUGGGCACGAGAAGAAGCCGUUCAAUCAUCGGUACGGGUCUUUUUACCAGGAUUUCACCAAAGAGAAUCGUUUCUUUUUCCUUGCGAAGAUGGCAUUGGAUGUCGCGUCGGGCGCUGUUGUGGGUGCAGGGAACAGACCCAUGGUCCAGCUCGGCUUGCUUGUAGCUUUCAACGCCGUCUUCAUCAUUAUCAUGGUAUUACGACGUCCUUACUUGCUGCGCGUGUUCUACGUGAUAGGCUUGCUUACUUCCUACUUGCGGAUUGUCAUGCUUUUACUCACGCUCGUUUUGGUCUCAUCUGAGUUGGUGCCCCAGCGAAUCCGCGAUUUGAUUUCGCAAAUCAUCAUUUGCGUUAAUGCUCUCGUUCUGCUUUGCCUUUUCGCGCGGGUGGGCUAUACAGCGGCAAAGGCGCUGGCAAAGUGGCUCCAGAACCGGAAGGCCGGCGUCAACGAGAUUGACGAUGGGGAUAAUCUGCUCUCUAUCGAGAACGCAGUCGGCACUGGUGAGCAGCGUCGUGGCUCCUUGCAACACCAGCCGCAAUCACCGCCGGCAGAUGGCACGCCGCCGAGUGGCCAAGCGUAUCACCAGACAACCGACAAGUUCGAUUCCGGUCAUUGGGAAAUUGCUGGACCCAGCGAUCGACACGUCGUAUAA